AUGCCCCCUGUCGCAGUCGCCCCUGCUAACAUAAACACUGGAUUCGUUACAAACCUUAAGACAUCUGCUAUCUCUCCACAACUCAAUACUCUUCACGACGUCAUCGCUCAAGCUGUCGACCGCUCUCCGUUGCACGAGCUUGGUUUCAUAACCUCCUUGGCACAUGACUCCUCCAUUCAGACGAAGACCUUCAGCGCGUUCAACCAAUAUGUUCGCAAUCUUGCACGUGUCAUGCUAGAGUGGGGCAAACCCACAGGUUCAGUCGUCGUCGUGUACCUGACGGAGCACGAAGACAAUAUGGCUGCUCGCGCACUUAGUCUCUUCAAGCAAGGCCAGCUUGCGAAGCACAUCGCGCGCGCUGAAGAGCUUCUCAGUCAGGCACGAGGUGUUUCCUUCGUUGCUCCGUCCACCGAGACGGAGAAGGCGCUUGCCAAGAUAUAUGCAGGCAUCUUCAACCUUGCGGACAGCACGGUGUCAGCCAGCGACAACUUCUUCGAGAUCGGCGGUACUUCCAUUGAUGCUAUCUGCCUCAAGCGUGAAGGAGAGGAAUACUUCGGCCUGCCUGACAUCUCUGUCAUUAAAAUCCUCAAGCACCCCGUUCUCUCGAGCCUGGCGAACUACAUCAACUCUUUGCUCUGCAAGGGCACCCAGACUGAGGGCUGCGACCCCAUCACGCCAAUUUUCUUCGUGCACCCUGGUAGCGGAGAGGUUCUCACUUUCGUCAAUCUUGCCAAAUACUUCCAUAAUGAGCGUCUCUUCUAUGCUUUUCGUGCUCGUGGCUUCGAUGCUGAUCACCCCUAUUUCACCUCCAUGGACGAGAUGGUUUCCUGUUAUACCGCAGCAGUCAAGAAGACUCAGACGACGGGACCAUACGCUAUCGCAGGCUACAGUUACGGCAGUGUUGUCGCAUUUGAAGUUGCAAAGCGGCUCGAGGCCAUGGGCGAUGAAGUAAAGUUUGUAGGUCUCGUUCACAUCCCCCCUCAUAUCACCCCUCGCAUAAACAAGAUUGAUUGGACAACCUGCAUGCUCUACUUGUCGUACUUGUUUGGUCUCAUGUCAAAACAUGAUGUCAAUGAUCUGGCUCUUCCCAUGAGACUGCUCAUGAAGCAGGAGCAGCUCGAGUUUGUGUGGAAGAGGUCACCUCCUGAACGAAUUGUCGAGCUCCAGCUGACGCCCGAGAAGCUUAAUAAAUGGGUGGAUCUAGCUGAGUCUCUCUUCCAUUUCGGAUUAGACUACAGCCCAUCAAGCUCACCGCACUUGAAGUUUUCUAUGCCAUUCCCCUUUGCCGGAACCAAGGUUGACUGGCUCAACAACCAUCUCAAGCUAUGGUCUAGCUUCAGCUGCGGCGAGUUCCAGGAGAUCUUCCGCAGUCAUCUCGAAGCUCGUGGGCUGUAG